UUUUUGACCGACUUUUACAAACCAAGUCAAUAAUAAUGUUGAUUGUUAUUCAGUUAUUCAUCACUCUUAACUUCCACCUCUGCCGACUAAUAGCCGAAUCUUUGCUGCCUAUUACCUUUAUUUACACACUGCAUGGGCAAAAGGAGAAGCACAACAGAACAGCGGCUGGUGACGUGCACAGGUACCCGGGCCGUUUCCAGAGCAACGAGAGAGCGGCUGUUCAAGGGGGCGUGAUCGCGGAGGAAGGACUAGAGACAAUAAAAUGAGAGACCACUCGCCGGGAUGUAACGUCGAAGAUAGAGCCACCAAUUGGGUGAGCGGGUGGUAAUCGGGGCGUGUCAUCGGACUUACCUGAGUGCAGAGCGGACCUGGAAGGCAGGAACAAAAACCUUCGAGAUGAUGCUGAGGGACCGGGUAGAUCAAUGAACAAACAGGUGACGGAUGCUGCAGUGGAUUGUUGGGCAAAGUCGAGGCAAACACGACCACUCAUAUACAUUAAGUUAAAGGACGGGUGUCAAAGCCACCUGAUGCACUAGCCUUGCUUCUUGGGAAAGAGGCUCCUGAGCAAACCAGACAGACUGUGCUGUCCUUCCGCGGCUUCUGCAGAUGUCAGGCAAGAUGGCUGCCGACUCGCCCGUGAGGACAGAGCAGGAGGAGCUGCAGAGGAGGGCCAACCAGUCCCUGGAGAGUACCCGUCGUAUGAUGCAGCUAGUAGAGGAGAGCAAAGAUUCAGGAAUCCGGGCCCUGGUCAUGCUGGACGAACAAGGAGAGCAACUGGACCGCAUCGAUGAGGGGAUGGAUCAAAUCAACAAGGAUAUGAAAGAGGCUGAGAAAAACCUCACUGACAUGGCCAAGUGUUGUGGCCUGUGCAUCUGGCCCCGCACCAAGCUGAAGGACUUUGAGGAGAGUGGGGCCUAUAAGAAGGUGUGGGGGAACAACCAGGAUGGGGUGGUGUCCGGCCAGCCGUCCUCACGCGUGGUGGAUGAGAGAGAGCAGAUGAUCAUGAGCGGAGGCUACAUAAGCAAGGUGACAAAUGAUGCACGCGAAGAUGAGAUGGAGGAGAAUCUGGGACAUGUAGGCAGCAUUAUCGGCAACUUGAAGAGCAUGGCACUGGACAUGGGCAAUGAGAUUGACACGCAGAAUGUCCAGAUUGACCGCAUUCAGGGCAAGGCCAUUCUCAAUGUAUCCCGCAUCGAUGCUGCCAAUCAGAAAGCUAACAAUCUAAUGAAGAGAUAAAGAGGAAGAUUGUCCGUCUCUGCUGUGUGAUCUUAUCUACUCCCUGUCGUUCUGUGCCAAUAUGCGUUCAGUGACCGUUCACCCACAUAGAAAAUCUGCCAAAUGAUCGUGUACGCCUUAUCCUAAAGUCUGAGCAGCAGGGUACACAUCAUUAUUCAUACCUGGCUCUACAUUAACCCACGCCUGUUUGCCAGUCUCUGUUCAGUUAUUACAUUCCACUCUUGGUACUCCAUGUCACAUGUCACAUGACAAAAAAAAAGAGUACAAGAAGUGGAACGCUGGAGAGACUGGUACCUAGAUACCCAGCCUGUACCACACUGCUGCCAUCUGUUGGCUAGAUUAUUUUCUAGAAAUGAGAUACACAUCCCCUUUGCUCUUUCACCAUCCUCCCUCUGGUCCUCUUUCGAUGCCCGUCCUCUAUGGAGCCAGACACCUGCCAUGAGAUUGAAAGUACAGUACCCAUGAAAAGUUUGGACACACCUACUCAUUCAAGGGCUUUUCUUCUUUUCUUUUUUAAAACUAUUUUCUACAUUGUAGAAUAAUAGUGAAGACGUCAAA